AUGAGUGGUUAUCGUGGGGUUGCAACCAUAGUACUUGAGGUUGUAGCAUCUUCAGACCUUUGGAUAUGGCAUGCGUUCUUUGGAGUUUCUAGUUCAAAUAACGAUAUCAACGUGUUAGAUCGUUCUCCAGUGUUCGAUGAUAUUCUAAACGAUCAUGCUCCGGAGCUACAAGGGGAGAAACGCAAGUUAUUUGCACAAUACCAAGAAGGGCAAAGAAAAGAUGUGGAGCGAGCAUUCGGAGUGUUGCAAGCACGCUUUGCAAUUAUACGUGGUCCAGCUUGUUUUUGGGAAAAGAAGAAGCUUGCCAACAUAAUGAGAGCUUGUAUUAUAUUGCAUAAUAUGAUUGUUGAGGAUGAAAGAGACACUUAUGCAGGAAAUUUUGCUCAAGGCUUAGAGUAUGAUGAUGUCGAAAAUGGCUUAUCACAACCUCAGCUGGGAGAAGAAGAUUUCGCACCAUACCAUCAAUUUCUCCAAAGAAAUGCCCAACUUCGAAAUAGGCAGCAGCAUAGACAAUUGAAAGAGGACUUGAUUGAACACAUAUGGCAAUUUCACAAUGCUUGUCGUCAACUAUAA